CCAUUUCUACGGCAAGCCGAAGGGCCCGAAAAAGACAAAUUCGGUGCACGUUGGCUAGCAGCCUUUGAGGGUGGACGAAACAUCCGACAAGCAGGCGGUUCGUUGCGGCUUGUAUCGUUACCUCAGGGUGCCCGACGCUCCGUUGAAACAUGGCUGACCAUGUAGCGGCGAUGUGCGAGCAGCUCAUCAAGGCUCUGAAUGUGACCAUGGACGCAGAAUCCACGCAAAUUUACCGACUGGAGGCCCUCAAGUUUUUUGAGGAAUUUAAAGAGAAAAGCGACCUGUGUGUCCCCUGUGGCUUGAAUUUAGCAGACAAAGCUCACGCCGCUGUCAUCAGGCACCUUGGGUUGCAAAUAUUGGAGCAUGUCAUCAAGUAUCGAUGGAAUGACAUGCAGCAACCAGAAAAAGUCCAAGUAAAAGACUGCACCAUGCAGCUGUUACUAAAUGGUACACGUUCUAUUCUGGAGGAGGAAAGCUACAUUAAAGAUGUCCUCUCACGAGUGGUCGUGGAAAUGAUCAAGAGAGAAUGGCCUCAGAAUUGGUCAAAUAUGCUCGAAGAGAUGGAAAGUCUGUCUGGCAAAGGGGCGGCACAGACGGAAUUGGUCAUGCUGAUUUUGCUGAGGCUGGCGGAGGAUGUGAUCACCUUCCAUACGCUUCCCCAUCAACGGCGACGAGACAUCCAGCAGACACUCUCACAGAACAUGGAGAGCAUCUUCAGCUUCCUGAUGGCCAUUCUCCAACUUAACAUUGACGAUUACCAAAGACUGAAAGGGUCGCCAGAACAUGAAAUGAAGGCCAGAGCCCACUGCAAAGUUGCCGUGGCGACCUUGAACACGCUGGCCGGCUACAUCGACUGGGUGUCCCUGGUGUACAUCACCUCGGGAAACUGCCGUCUGCUGGAGAGCUUGUGUCUGCUGCUUGGCGUACCGGAGCUGCAGCUGGAGGCCGCCGAGUGCCUCCUCAUCGCCAUCAGCCGCAAGGGCAGGCUGGAGGAAAGGAAGCCUUUCAUGCUGCUGUUUGAUGACGUCGCCAUCAAUUACAUUCUCUCUGCAGCCCAGUCAGCAGAUGGGCCCACAUCCCCUGAAAGGCAAACAGUUCAGGUCGUGGAGCGGCGCUACUUGUUCCUGAAGAGGCUUUGUCAGGUGCUGUGUGCUCUGGGAAGUCAGUUUGUUUCUCUGGUGGGUUCUGAGGUCAAAGUGGAGGUUCCUCCAAAUCUCAGCAAGUACUUGGAAGCUUUGCUGGCCUUCACCACACAUUCCAGCUUGUUUCUUAAGGCGUCCACUCUGCCCACUUGGGCAUCCAUCUUCAGACAUGAGACGCUCUCCCGCGACCCCGUCAUUUUGGAGGCGGCCGUCAAAUACCUCAAAACGUCCACUACCAUCCUGGUCAAGACGGGCUUUCCAUCCAAAAAUGAUAACCCAAGCUGUCAGUACUCCCGGGUGGACUUUGACAGUGAUGAGGAUUUCAACCCUUCCUUUAACUCUUUCCGGGCGCAGCUGGGAGAGGGCGUGAGGUGUGCGUGUAGACUUGUUCCCUCUGAGGCUUUUCUGAUGGCAGCCAUGUGGUUAAAAUACCAGCUGGACGACAGCAAUACCACACCUGAGACCGGUGAUGGCCUGUGCUCCCAGAACUUUCCCCCAGCGCUCCAGUGGGAAGCUGUGACCAUCUUCAUGGAUUGUGUAAUUUCACAGAUCUUUAGGAGCCUUGAGGAGGAGAAAUUACCUGUGGACCAGAGCAUGGAGCUGCUGCAGGGCUUGCUCAACUACAAAACCGAAGAUCCUCUCAUCAUGUCCUGCGUGCUCACCAACGUGUCUGCUCUCUUCCCGUUCAUCAAACACAGACUGCAAUUACUGCCUCAGGUCCUUUGCAAGCUGUUUGAAACUGUUACAUUUGAGCCUGUGCAGGAAAAUAAGGCGCCACGCACCCGAGCUGUAAAUAACCUGAGGAGGCACGCCUGUUCUUCAAUCAUCAAGAUUUGCAGAGAUUACCCACAAUUUUUUUCGCCUUGUUUCGACAUGUUUUAUAAUCGCAUAAAGGAGAUGUUCGCCAGCGACGGCCUUCUGACUUUCAUGGAGAAAAGUGCAAUGAUGGAGUCUCUGGUGCUCAUCAGUAACGAGUUUAAGGACUUUGAGAAGCAGAAGGCUUUUAUAGACGAACUGUUGGCCCCUGUGAUGUCAGAAUGGACCUCAGACGCGAUGAAGGAGGUGGUUUGCAACCCCGCUGCGUACAUGUCCUUUGUUGGAGCGGAUCAGGUGGUCAGUGAGCAGCGCACAGAGGUUGACACAGCCGGCCUCAACAGGGGGAGGCUGGGCUUCUGUUUGAACGCUGUGUUGGGUGUGGCGAAGCGGGCGCGCUGGCCUGCAGACCUGGAGGCCGCCAAAUCUGGAGGCUUUGUAGUGGGUUACACUUCAUCAGAAGUCCCCAUUUUUAGAAACUCCUGUGCUGCCCAGUUUUUAGCCUUUCUGCCUAAUCUGCUGGCUCUUGUCAGAACUCAAAACAGUUUGUUUAUGCCAGAGAACAGAGCUCGUCUCAGUGAGACGUUCACCAGAGUGCAUGAGCUGAUGGACGGAGAGAGAAAUCUGGUUCUUGGUCUGGCCCAGCCUCUUCCCGAUACUUAUGACGCACACCCUUUAAAAACAAACCUAGAACGAAUGCAGGGAUUUUUCAGCCAAAAUUAUGACACCUGCUUCCACCUCCUGGGAAAUGCAGCACUUUCCCUACAGCAGGACUUCUACAACAUUGACGGGCUUUCAGAAAAAAUAGCUGCCUCUGUUUUCUUCUCCCUCGAACACGUGCCAGAUCACAGACUUCGCCCUAUGAUUCGCAUGUUCCUAAAACAGAUGGUACUGUCGUGUCCCGUGGAAUACCACGACAGUCUGCUCUGCCCCCUGCUCAGCCCCCUGUUCAGCUACGUUCUUCAGAGUUUAAACAUGAAGUGGCAGGUCAUUAACCAGAGGACUGCUGUCAAUGGCGAGGAAGAAGAGGAGGUGGUGUGUCAGGAGAGUCAGGAGACUCAGGAGUUGCUGGAGGAGCAGCUGGUACGCCUUCUCACCAGGGAGGUGCUGGAUUUCAUCACUGUAAGCUGUAUUUCACGAAAACUGCCCGAACCUGCUCCAAAUAAGGAAGAAAUGGAAGAGGAAGAUGGGAUGAUGGAUGCUACGCCAGUGUCUUCUGCUGCAUCGCCUACAGAGGAGUUAACAGAGCUGGGAAAAACCCUGAUGAAGGAUGAGAACAUCUACAUGAGCCUGUUGUCCUUUUCCUUCACGUCGCUGUCAUGGAAGGACGCCACAUACUGUCACCGCACGGCUUCCAUCAUCUGCUGGACACUUCUGCGCCAGGUGAUUGGACGCAACAUUCUUCCCGAGGCAGUCUCUUGGUUCUACGUCAGUGUUCUCAAGGCCCUGCAGGUUCACGGGCAGCACGAGGUCUGCAGCGCCAGCCUCUCCCAGCUGGCAAUGCACAUCUACGACAACCUGCGCCCUCGUUACGCCGAGCUGAGAUUAGUGAUGAACCAGAUCCCCAACAUUAACAUGGACUUUAUGGAGCUUUAUGACCGCAGGCUGCUCGACCCCAAUGCCCAAAAGGUGGCCGAGAAAAAGAGGAAAGACCAGUUCAAGAAGCUCAUCGCAGGAACCGUUGGGAAAGCUCUGUGCCAGCAGUUCAAGAAAGAAGUCCAUAUCAAGAAUCUUCCGUCGCUUUUUAAGAAGGCGAAGCCAGACACGGAUGUGCUGAGCAGCGAGGAGAUUUCGGGGAUCGCGGCACUCUUGGACCCAGAGAAAAACUCCUUGUAAGUGAAGAGCAGCGACUUCAUAUCAUGGGACUCAAGUGCUACUGAGGUGUGCCGUAACCAACAUAUCCGUCAACAUUGCUUCAUUCAUUCUCGUUCUUCUUAUUAUUUUGAUUAUAACACUGCAUCUUUCCAUCUGGAGACUCAACCUCAAAUCAUAUGCACAUAUGUUUUAUUUUCAACGGGGAAUAACAUUCACACUAAUUAUAAAUUAAGCUCCUGAUUAUAUUUUGCAUCAAAAUCUUUGUUGAGGAUGUACUCCUUCACUUAAAGCAGAGCAGUCCCGGGAAGGAAAGGGUGUGUCCAUAAAAAUGUGGAUAGCCACUUUGAUCAAUACUAAGAGGCUCACACUAGUUAUUUUGAUAUAAAUUCUAUUAAACUGGAUGGACACUACUCUCAAUGUGGAUCAUAUGUUAUUCGGGACAUUUGCCAUUAAAGCUAUUUAACGGAACAAGAUUUCAACGUCUUGUUAAAAAGUGGAAAUAAGCUAAAGUUUUUAGUGUUGUGAGUGAUGCAAAGUCCUGACUUUGGGUCAGAUGAGUGAACAACCUGUAGAAAGCCCAAGUACUUUUUUAACUUCUGUUCUAUAUUUUCCAUGUGCCUAAGUGUCAUGGAAAUAGACAUGUGCUCUUAAAGGUGCAACGUUUAUAUUCCUUUAUGGUCCAAGCAAUUGUUUUUAGUUACCAUGUUUGUUUACAAAUCUAAUUAAGUUUUUUUUCUUUCCGUAAUGUAGAUUUAGCCCUAAGUUUUUUUUCCUCUGCACAUUUUGUGUUUUCUCUUCUUCAUUGCAUGCAGCAGGCAGCUUUGCAUUUUAGAUACUGUACCAAAAAAGGUCCCUCUGCCUCCUACAAACUUUCAAAUUAGUUUUCAAUAAUAUAGCCUCCACUGUCUCUGAAGAUUGUCCACUUUUUGUUUAAAAAAAAAACACACAAACAACUUGUUCACGCUGACAUUUUUAAGUGUAGUGCUGUUAGUAGUUUGCUUUUGAAUAAAAGAAGUGAUUUGUUAAAAUGUCUCAUGAUU